AUUUGGUUUUCAUCCGUGGAUAGCACUCGAGAGGAGCCGGGGGGUGGGGGGAGCCCGGUCCCGGCGGGAAGGAGGCGAUGGAGACGCCGCGGGACCAGAGCGCAGGGGCUCGGCACGGAGCGCAGCGCCGGCACCAUCCAACUCCCCUGCAGCGCAGGAUGAACCCGCUGGCAUCCUGCCUGGGCUUGUGGCUCCUCUGCCAGCUCCCUGCCCUGGCCUCGGGGACACGUGUGAUCUACAAAGUGCAGGAGGAGCAACCCCCCAACAGCCUCAUAGGGAGCCUGGCCUCCGACUACGGCUUACCAGACAUGGGGCACCUCUACAAGCUGGAAGUGGGGGCCCCGUACCUCCGUGUGGAUGGCAAGACCGGGGACAUCUACACCACAGAGACCUCCAUCGACCGGGAGAACCUGCGGGAGUGCCAGCACCUCCUGCCCGGAGACCCCUGCUACCUGGAGUUCGAGGUGUCCAUCACGAACCUGAACGCCAACAGCAGCCCACGCCUGCUCGAGGGGCAGAUCGAGGUGCUCGAUAUCAAUGACAACACCCCCAACUUCGCCUCGCCCGUCCUCACCCUCUCCAUCCCCGAAAACACCAACAUCGGGACGCUCUUCCCCAUCCCCCUGGCCAUGGACCGGGACUCGGGCCCCAACGGCGUUGCCUCCUACGAGCUGAUGGCAGGUCCGGAGGCACAGGAGCUCUUUGGGCUGCAGGUGGCCGAGGACCAGGAUGAGAAGCAGCCUCAGCUGAUCGUCAUGGGCAACCUGGACCGGGAGCAGUGGGACUCCUACGAUCUGACCAUCAAGGUGCAGGAUGGGGGGAACCCCCCGCGGGCGAGCAGUGCCCUGCUCCGCAUCACCAUCCUGGACAUGAACGACAACGCGCCCAAGUUCGAGAAGGCCCUGUACGAGGCAGAGCUGUCCGAAAACAGCCCUGUGGGCCACUCUGUCCUCCAGGUGAAAGCCAACGAUUCGGACCAGGGCUCCAACGCCGAGAUCGACUACUCCUUCCACCAGGCCUCGGACAUGGUGCGGCAGCUGCUGCGCCUGGACCGCGCCACGGGGCUCAUCACCGUGCAGGGCCCCAUCGACCGCGAGGACAUCGGCACCCUCAAGUUCUCCGUCAUGGCCAAGGACAAGGGCGCCAACCCCAAGAGCGCCCGCACGCAGGUGGUGGUCACCAUCAAGGACAUGAAUGACAACGCGCCCUCCAUAGAGAUCCGCGGUAUAGGGUUGGUCACCCACCAGGAUGGCAUGGCCAACAUCUCGGAGGACGUGCCAGUAGAGACAGCAGUGGCUCUGGUGCAGGUGUCCGACCGAGAUGAGGGUGAAAACGCCGUGGUGACCUGCGUGGUGGCCGGUGACGUCCCGUUCCAGCUGCGCCAGGCCAGCGAGACGGGGAGCGACAGCAAGAAGAAAUAUUUCCUGCAGACCACCACGCCGUUGGACUACGAGUCAGUGAAGGAGUACACGAUUGAGAUCGUGGCCGUGGACUCGGGGAACCCGCCGCUCUCCAGCACCAACUCCUUGAAGGUGCAGGUGAUGGACGUCAAUGACAACGCCCCUGUGUUCAGCCAGAGCUUCACUGAGGUUGCCUUCCCUGAGAACAACGAGCCCGAUGAGCUGGUCAUGGAGGUGAGUGCCACGGACGCUGACAGCGGCUCCAACGCCAAGCUGGUUUAUUCCCUGGUGACAGACCCCUCCUCCAAGGGCUCCUUCACCAUUGACCCCGACUCCGGGGAGAUCCGGGUGAAGGCGGUGCUGGACCGAGAGCAGCGGGAACGCUACGAGUUCUUGGUGGUGGCGGAAGAUAAGGGCAGCCCCAGCAAGCAGGGCACGGCGUCUGUGGCCAUCAAUGUCAUGGACAGGAAUGACAAUGACCCCAAGUUCAUGCUGAAUGGCUACAACUUCUCGGUGAUGGAGAACAUGCCGCCCCUCAGCCCCGUGGGCAUGGUGACGGUCAUCGAUGCUGACAAAGGAGAAAAUGCCCGGAUCCAGCUGUCGGUGGAGCAAGACAACGGGGAUUUUGUCAUCCAAAAUGGCACUGGCACCAUCCUUUCCAGCAUCUCUUUUGACCGGGAGCAGCAGAGCACCUACACCUUCCGACUCAAGGCGGUGGACGGUGGGGAUCCCCCCAGGUCUGCCUACGUGGGAGUGACCAUCAACGUCUUGGAUGAGAAUGACAACGCCCCCUUCAUCACCUCCCCCUCCAAUGCCACCUACAAGCACAUCCUGCCCCACACCAGCCCCGGCCAGCAGGUGAGCAAGGUCAAGGCAGAGGACAUCGACUCGGGCAUCAACGCCGAGCUCAUCUACAGCAUCACGGGAGGAAACCCCUUCGAGCUCUUCCAGAUCUCCCCGCAGAGCGGGGACAUCACCCUGGAGAAGGAGAUCCUGCGCAAGCACCACGGCCUGCACCGCCUGGUCGUGCGCGUCAACGACAAGGGCAAGCCCUCGCGGCACGGCACGGCUCUGGUGCACUUCUACGUCAACGAGACGCUGGCCAACCGCACGCUGCUGGACACGCUGGUGGGCCACAGCCUGGACACCCCGCUGGACAUCGACAUCGCCGGCGACCCCGAGUACGAGCGCAGCAAGCAGCGCAGCAACAUCCUCUUCGGGGUCAUCGCCGGCAUCGUGGCCGUCACCCUGGUCAUCGUGCUGGUGGUCCUGGUGCGCUACUGCCGGCAGCGCGAGGCCAAGAGCGGCUACCAGGCGGGCAAGAAGGAGACCAAGGACCUGUACGCGCCCAAGCAGGCCAGCAAGAGCGGGAAGAGCAAGGGCAAGGUGAAGAAGAGCAAGUCUCCCAAGCCACCCAAGCCCACGGAGGAUGAGGAGGAGACGGGCCUGCAGAAAUCGCUCAAGUUCAACCUCAUGAACGACUCCGUCAGCGACAGCCCCCGGAUCCACCUGCCCCUGAACUACCCUCCGGGCAGCCCGGACCUGGGCCGCCACUACCGCUCCAACUCGCCGCUGCCCUCCAUCCAGCUGCAGCCUCAGUCACCCUCUGCCUCCAAGAAGCACCAAGUGGUGCAGGACCUGCCGGCCACCAACACCUUUGUUGGCACCGGGGACAACAACUCGACGGGCUCCGAGCAGUACUCGGACUACAGCUACCGCACCAACCCCCAGAAAUACACCAACAAGCAGUUACCUCAUCGCCGAGUGACGUUCUCUGCAGCCAGCCAGGCUCAGGACCUGCAGGACCCCUCCCAGCACAGCUACUACGACAGCGGGCUGGAGGAAUCCGAGACCCCCAGCAGCAAAUCUUCAUCAGGGCCCCGCAUCGGGCCCCUGGCCCUGCCCGAGGACCACUACGAGCGCACCACGCCCGAUGGCAGCAUCGGGGAGAUGGAGCACCCCGAGAACGAUCUCCGGCCUCUGCCCGAUGUAGCCAUGACUGGGACCUGCACCCGGGAGUGCACAGAGUUCGGCCACUCCGACACGUGCUGGAUGCCUGGCCAGUCCUCCCCCAGCCGCAGGCCCAAGAACGCCCUCAAACUCUCCACUUUUGUGCCUUACCAAGACAGAGGGAGUCAAGAGCAAGUCGGGAACGGCAGCCCCAGACUGUCGGAAGAGCGCAGCACCAAAAUGGCCAACCUCCGCCUGCUCCCCACGUACAGUGCCUUCUCCAAUAGUAGCCAUGAGCCCUGCAAGGACUCUCCCAUGGAGGAAAUUCCUCUCACCCAGACCUCGGACUUCCAGCCAGCCACCACCCCCUCGGCUCAGACCACCAAGAGGGAGAUCUACCUGUGAGGCUGGGCGUGAGGGGCAGGGAGCAGAGGCCAGAGGAACGUUUUCCACUUCGAUGCUUUAUGGCUCCGCUUCUCCAGGCUGGGGGCUCUGCGGGGAGCAGGGCAGGGCGAGGCAGGGAUGAGAGGAGCGCCUUUUUAACCCCGUGUUGCCCUGGGGCUGGGGGUGGGUGGGGAGGAUGAAAAAGCAUCCCAACCCCGAUUGCUGAGCAUCCCAACCCCAAUUGCCGAGCAUCCCGAACUGCUGCCAGGGAGGGCUGGGCAGGCUCCUGGUGCGGAGGGCACGGAGAAGGGAGAGAAGGGCUUAAGUACCAAAGGUCCACGCAGAGCUGGUGGAGUUCCUGGGGCAUAGGACGAGGGGUGUCCCCGAGCACGGGGGGAGCCAGCUGCCUGUCUCUUUGCUGUAGACUCCUGUAAAUACGAAUCUUAUAGGAAUGACAUUCAA